UCAAUUUGAUCCGGGUUUAUAGAGCUCCUCCAUUAUCGCCUCCCUCAUCAUCAUCUCUCUUUGUAAGGAUGGGAUUCACCAAGGGAGUGGUGCAGCAGCUGAGCCCCGAGGAGGAGGAGGAGGCACGCUUGCUCGCCAUGAGGCUUGUGACGGGAUCCUGCCUCCCAAUGAUUCUCAAUGUGGCCAUCGAGCUCGAGCUCCUCGAGAUCAUCGUCAAGGCUGGCCCCGGCGCCAAGCUGAGUCCCGACGACAUCGCCACCCAGCUGCCCACCGAGAACCCACAGGCGGCCGAUAUGGUAGACCGGAUCCUCCGCCUGCUCGCCGCCAACGGCGUCGUCAGUUGCUCUGUGGAAUCCGGCGACGAUGGGCGCCCCUCGUGCAAGUACGGGGCCACGCCUGUCUGCAAGUACCUGACCAAGAACGAGGACGGCGUGUCCAUGGCCGCUUUCUGCUUGAUGGUCCACGACAAGGUCACCAUGGAGAGCUGGUACUACCUGAAGGAUGCGGUGUUGGAGGGGGGCAUCCCAUUCGAGAAGGCCCACGGCAUGACGGCGUUCGAGCACCACGGCGGCGAUCCACGGUUCAACAAGCUGUUCAACGACAGCAUGAGGAACCACUCCACCAUCUUGAUCAAGCAACUGCUGGAGACCUACCGCGGCUUCGACGACGUCAAGGUGCUCGUCGACGUCGGCGGCGGGACCGGCGCCACGCUCCACAUGAUCACCUCCAGGCACCCGCACAUCAAGGGCGUCAACUUCGACCUCCCUCUUGUCAUCGCCAGCGCAACGACCAACCCAGAUGUAGAGCACGUCAGCGGCGACAUGUUUGAGAGCAUUCCGGGUGGAGGAGACGCCAUUUUCAUGAAGAACAUUUAGAUUUUUUCCUUACUCAUUUAAUGUUUGAGGUUUUGGUUAGGCAGCAUGUCGAACUUAUCAAAAAAAUUUGAAGGUUAUUAAUGAAAGAUACCACUCUUCAAAGUACUCGAGACAUAUCAAUCAACCAAAUGAAAAGGGUAAA